GCGCGCGUGUGCGUAGCUGUCAGUCCGUCAGUCGAGCAGCGCGGAUGAGCCGGAUACGCCAACUUCAGACAAUAUAGCUGACAAAAUUCACACCGAGUUCAGACUCGGACACGCUCCACACUCGGAAUACUGGCUUCGUCUAAAAAUAAACAUAUUUUCGGGGCAGACAAACGACAAAGAAAGAAAGUGGGAGUGGGAUUUUGCUUGAGACAUAUUUGAAGGGUUGAUGGCUUAGCCUGACUGGGGUGAGUUAGCAUGCUAACGGAGCAGCGCCACAGUGGAUUUCUCUCCACCCGCUCUUUUUUUCUUUAAAUUAAUCUGACGUCGCUCAAAUUGCCUUUUAUUCUUCAUUUUCAGUUGUAUCGGCCAGCAUUUGGUCUGUUUUUUUUAAGCUUAGUGUUUAAAAAGCUCCCGAGGGGAGACUGGCUUGGCAGGCUAGCUAGUUAGCAAGUAAGGUAGGCUUACUAAUGAACUCUUAAGGAGCUUUUGCAGUUUACGGACGAGAACUUAAGAAUAAUACGUCUUAUUGGUCUGAACAUUAAUGUUAAAUGUAACAGCAGACUGUUUUAGCACAUUAAGCGAGAUACUAGCGAGCUAAUACAGCUAAGUAGCUGGCUGCGGUUAGCUAACUGAACGUUAUGCCAAAUUAUAUUUUACUAAGAGACAGUUAGGACACAACUAGCUUAAAACACUUGUCACUGUGUGAUAGUUAAUUUAUUGUUAUACAACAAACAAUGGCCUCGGCUGGUAACACUGUCUCGUCGUUUGCGAGUAAAACAAAAACGAAGAAGAAACACUUCGUGGCUCAGAAAGUGAAGCUGUUUCGUGCCAGCGACCCUCUGCUCAGUGUUCUCAUGUGGGGAAUAAACCAUUCGAUAAACGAGUUGAGCCAUGUUCAGAUCCCCAUCAUGCUUAUGCCUGAUGACUUCAAAGCCUACUCGAAGAUUAAGGUAGACAACCACCUUUUCAACAAAGAGAAUAUGCCCAGCCAUUUUAAGUUUAAAGAGUAUUGCCCUCUUGUUUUCCGUAAUUUGAGAGAGAGGUUCAGCAUCGAUGACCACGACUUCCAGAACUCUUUGACACACAGUGCGCCCCUUGUUAGUGAAGCUCAGGGCCGUAGUGGAGCUCGCUUCCACACCUCCUACGACAAGAGGUACGUCAUCAAAACCAUAAGCAGCGAGGACGUGGCUGAGAUGCACAACAUCCUCAAAAAGUACCACCAGUAUAUCGUGGAAUGUCAUGGUACCACAUUGCUGCCUCAGUUUUUAGGCAUGUACCGCCUCACUGUAGACGGAGAUGAGACUUAUAUGAUAAUCACACGCAACGUGUUCAGUCACCGGUUGUCUGUGUAUAAGAAAUACGACCUGAAGGGAUCUACUGUUGCCAGAGAGGCAAGUGACAAAGAAAAGGCUAAAGAAUUCCCCACGUACAAAGACAAUGACUUUAUCAAUGAUGGACAGAAAAUAUACAUUGAUGAAGAGAGUAAGAAGACCUUCCUUGAUAAGCUACGAAAGGAUGUAGAGUUCCUUGCUUUGCUGAAGUUGAUGGACUACAGUCUUCUGGUUGGGAUACAUGAUGUGGAAAGGGCAGAACAAGAGGAGGUGGAGAGUGAGGAUAAUGAUGGAGAAGAGGAAGGAGAGAGUGAUGGAGGGAUUGUAGGCACUCCUCCUGACAGUCCCAGUAACACUCUGGACAGCACUAAACCACUCUCACCGGGAGACUUCAACCCCAGUAUUGACGUCUAUGCCAUCAAAAGCCAUGACAAUUCUCCCAGAAAGGAGGUCUAUUUUAUGGCUGUUAUUGACAUCCUUCAGCAUUAUGAUGCCAAGAAAAAGGCUGCUCAUGCAGCCAAGACAGUAAAGCAUGGGGCUGGGGCAGAGAUUUCCACCGUGAACCCAGAGCAGUACUCGAAGAGAUUCUAUGAUUUCAUCACUACCAUUCUGCCCUAGUCCGAGGCAGCUGAGCGGAGUCCACAGGGAUGAAGAGGGACGCCAGCAGAGGGGUGUUGAACACUCACUCACCUGCUCUGCCACAGGGGGGCACCCCUACAGCAGCUACAACCACCAUUCGUUUACAUUUUGAUUUUCAUUUAUUUGUCUUGUGGGACCAUGAGAGUGAUGGAAACUCUUAACUUUUUUUUGGGGGGGGGAUGGGGCUUUUUACUGCUUUCUUAUGCAUGCCCCUUAAUCUUGUUUGUUCCAUUUGAUAUUUUUCUUGCCUUUUAAAGCGGAAUGGGACGGAGAGAGGAAAGAGAGCUCAUGUGAUGGUCUGUGGCUCAGUUAGUAAAAUUAGGUCUUUGAAAAAAGGAGGCCAAAACACAACUUCUUAAUUGGAACUGUAUGCGUUCUCUCACUGACUCAUUCAUCAGAUCCCUAGCCGAACUCACUUCACGCAACCCUUGGCUGCCCGCUCUGCUUUACUCCACUGGGGUCAACAGCUUCGCAGAGACACCACGGCACCUGCUAACUCGCCUUACUCGCACAGUCCUCUUCGUUAUCGGGACAGACUAACCAGAAACGCUCUUUGAGCCAUUUACAAAAGGAGGACCCAUCGCUCCCUAACCUGCCUUGUGUGGACAGACAGCUUUUGCAUGUUGUAUGUUCCUUCAGUGUUCUUAGGCAAAUGCGUUUGAAAUGGUGGCGAAGGUUCCGAUAGGUAUUUUUUCAUUUGGGUUUUUUUUUUUGGAGUUUUGUUUUGCAGCAACUUGACAGAAGGGAGAAUGAAGACACUGAGGCAGCAGGAUCAGUGGUUUCUCUUCAGUCAUCAGUGAUUUCUGUUACAUUAAUGAUUCAAUUACCAUCAGCACCUUAAACUGUUGCACUUUUUAUUAGGAUCACUCGGUCUGUUACGAGCUGCAACGAUAGCACUAUGAGGCACUGUUCAACGCAGCCUUGCCGUUUCACGUGUUCUCACGCAUACGCUUGUUCUCAACAGACAAAACAUAGUUUACCUCUUGCAUCGUACCAGGACACACCGAUUUGUGAUGUGUUUCAGUAUUCCAUGGAGGUUUGGGGAAGGGGUGCUUUGUUGUAUUUUUUUUUUCUUAUAAAAUUUUUUUUUUAAACAUUGGUUUUGUUUGAAAUUGUGUAUGUCUUGUGAGUUUUGUUCGAAAUUCUUUUGAACGUUCAAAUUGGCAGCAAAAUAGAUGAAAUGUUGUAUAUUUUGCACAUGAUGAAUGGAACCAAAAUGUUCACGGAAUCCUGUUGGUUCUGCAGUGGUUUUUACAAGGGAAACAGAACACCUGUAACAGAGGAGGAUACUUUUGUAAAUGGCAUUGAAUUGGAAGCAGGUCAUUUUAACAUUUGUUUCUUAACUUUUCUAAUUCAAAGAUAAAAGCCUCCUCAUCCUAUGUUGGUUUAGACUUUUCGAUCACUUGCACAUAUUUUUACAUUGAAUUUUAACCCACCAGAACUUUAAAAACACCACGCCGUGACUCAGUAAAAGUGUUCUGAUAAAUGAAGAAUGUUACUGUUUUAAAUCAUACAACACAAGUACUGUGUAAAAAAGAAAGAAAAAAGAGAAAAAGAUGCAUGUUGCAUUAUUUUACGUGUCAAGUCUGGUUUAGUCCAGAGAUGGUGUAUAUUCCAUGCUUGGUCAUAUUUUUAUUUUUUCCCCUUGUCCUAAACACCCCCAAUCCCAAUCCCAUACCAUCCCAGGUCUAUUUUUUAAGAUGGUCCCAUACUUGCUUUAUACUGUUUUCAAUGUAUAUACACUGUGCAAGAGUCGUGCCUUUUUACUCCAAAUUAUUUAAUUCAUUAUUUUAAAUCUUUUUUCCCCUCCAAACAGAAGUAAAAUCAUAUUUUCUAAUAUUAGGGUGGUUGUUGAAAAAAAAAAUCCAGAUAUUUUCUUUUUUUUUAAGUGGUGUUUUGAUGUUUCAAAAUGUGCUGUUGCUUCAAAUGGAUACAAGACGUUGCAUUUUCUGUUCACAACAACAACAACAACAACAACAACAACACUGAAAAGGUCACAAUUUCUCUAAUUCUAUGUGCAAAGCCUUUGUACAAGAGUGUGCAUUGUGAAUUUGUUGAUAUGAGUAGGUGUGGCUCUUGUUAUAGUGUUAAUUGUAAAUUUGUGUUCAGGCUUUCUCCAAGCAUUUUUAUCUGGAAGUAUUAUCUGACACCGAUGUUACAGCGUCCUUGGUUAGUGUUUCAUUUUCUUAAUAAACUGAGCGCUGCUUGUGCCCUUGGGAAACCAUUGCACAGUGGGAAAAGAAGCAUUUUUAUUGUUCUCGUUGGGAUGAAAACAAACCCUGGUCUUCUUGGUUGUAAUAUUCAUAACAACAACAACAAAAACCCACAAUGGGCCUGACAAAAGAGGCAGUUUUAGCGGCAGACUUUGAUAGUGUCGUGAUCAGAGCAUCGCUUCAGCUUCUGAUACUGGAUGCACACGCAGAGAUAUAUAUGUGAAAAGUGCUACAGUAGCUACGAUACAGCUUCACUUCACGCCUUCUUAAAAAAAGCCCUCCACCAUGUUCUUCAUUUGCCAAAAGCAAUUUUUUCUCAGUGUGUUCAUUGAUGGAUAAUUCAUAACAAUAAGCUUUGGAAAAAAAAUGUAAUGUACUUUUAGCAAUUCGAUUUCUAUUUUCUAAACAUUUAUGAAUGCCGCGAACGUAUCGAUUUUAUUUGAAUAUGCAGGUUUACACGCUUACUGAAAGAAAAAUAAAAUCCCCUUCGUUUGUGUUUUAAUCUAGAUAGUGAAGGUAAUAGAAGUGAUGGGAAGCGCUGGUUAUCUGCAUCACACUCACAGAUAUGAGUUGUUUUUUGUAAAGUUGUUUUUGAGAGUAACCAAAGGGGAGGCUGUCUCAUGUGUUAUGAUGUAAACCGAUAUACACUCCAUUCCAUAAGCAUUGCUCAAAACAAUAAAGCACUUUGUCUGCAA